CUACGCAUCCAUCAAGGAGGCUCCAACGGAUAUCCAGCGAGUCUUGCUUGAGUUACAACUACUAUCCAGCAUCGUCUCGGGUAUUCAGAUUGUGUUUGAGAAGCGCUCGCUCCCUGAAAAUAACGAGGCUACGACAAGAAAAUCGCUAGACCUCGUCAGACACGAUAUCAAGAAACUAUCAGAUCUCACUUUGACUCUGGAACGCAAACUCAAUUCUGAAAAGAGGACCGUCCGUACUUGGGCCCGUGUUCAGACUGUACUUUCAGAAAAGAAAAUUGCUGUGCUUAGAGAUCACUUAGAUCGUGCUAAGGGGACAUUGCAGUUGUUGCAAUGCCGAAAUGGACGAUGUUCAAUCUCUUAUUUCCAUCUCCUCUCAAAAACCAAAAGAUCUAGGAUAUCCAUGGGAAACAGGCCAGACUGGAGAGUACGUCAAGAUUGAUGAUGGGCUAGAAAAGCCCUUUUACUUACCCUUUGACUUGUGCUCAACUCCAAAGGACUUCAUCGGUAUUCUCACUCACAAAUACAAGUCCAAGCAACUUCCUGGGCUCCCACAAGUACAAAGGGGUCAUUUUGGGGCUCUGAACUGGAGCGAAUCAACUUACAUUACUUUAGAUAAUUGGGAGUCGAUGGUGAGGGAAGGCGGAGGUGUUAAGAUAGCUUUCAUUAUGAGUACGUGGCACGGAUUUCCACUUGGUAAAUGUAUGCGAUGUUACAAACCGAGAGGCAAGAACACAGCUGGGCCGAGACAGACGAAAUGCUUUUCAUGUGGCCUAGAAGUUCGCAGGGUAGAGCCAGACGCCAUUCCAUUCGAAGCAACGGAUGUAUCGGUGGGAUUCGGUCCUGAUCAGUACCGCAAGUAUCAAAUCACCUCAAGGAAAAAGACAAGUCCAGGCACUACACCUCCUGCAACCUCAGCGCCUGAGACUGCAAAGCACAACACGUUCUCUGACAAUCCGCCCAUCGAUUUCGUAUGCAAGCGUCUCAUCGUCAAAUGGGAACCAAUCUUCAACUUCGUCCAUCGCUACCUACACUGCCGCUGUGUAAUCCGCCUAUCAACACCUUCGCACAUCGAAAAAGAGCAGACUCUCCUAACCUUCGCGCAAUGUCCCAGACAUAACGAGACAGGUGCCACUCACCUCGAUUACGGAGACCUCGAUUAUCAUUCCGACAAGUACUUUGAUCGAUUCGGAGGCUAUCGCUCCUUUCAAGCCAUGAUUUACGCAUUUGCACCAAAUAUAUACGAGAUUCUAGGAAGAGAGAAAUUCUUGGCUGGAGAGCAGAUCGAUGCCGCGUUCGAUGCUCUAAAUGCCUUUCGAAGAGGGGACGAAAUGCGUCUUCGUAAAGCGUUUUUGGAGUAUGUGUACGAAGUCAACGAUGAGCUGGAGCGAAACGGGUUCCCGUUGCCGGAGUCGGCGGUACAUGGCGUUAAGGAUGAGCGGCGGCGAAGAGAGGAGGCGCAUGCUGUGGGGAAUAAAGAACUUGGAUUUCCGGAGUUCAGCAAGGAUUUGAGGAAAGAAUUCCAACGAGAUAUUCGCGAGGUACCGAUGAUGAAAGAGGUGGAUGAGAUACUGGAUGGGAAGUGGUCGGGGAAACCUCAUUGGAUGAUUGAGGAUUGAAUGUAGUGAAGUCUUGUGGCGCUAGGACAUUCAGGUGCAGGGAGAUGGAAUUACCUUUAUCUUGAUCUUUGGUUAGGAAUAUCCACAAAAUCAUAGUUGACGCAACUCCA